GGUUCAUCACUGGUGGGACAUCUCGGAUCUGCAAAAGCAAGCGACCUGGGCAUGGGCGUAUAGACAACCCUGGCACGGGCUCUUAGAGUCUGCUGUCUUCGAACAGAACAUAAUCAGACACCUUUGCGGAUAGAAGAUGGAGCUUCCAAAAAAUCUCUUGACCAAAAAACACAGGGGCGUUUGGGGUCUCCGGAUAUCCUUUGCAUCACCAAUCGACGCAUCUUUUCCUCAGUUUUCUUCUCUUUCCUCACGCGGCCGACAAACAAUCAAAAAAGGCAACCAAUCGCUCACCACGCACUCCCUCUUCUCUGUCUCGUUUCGACGCCCGUCUCUUCUGAUGCGUUGCGUUUGCUCAGUCAGUACACGACACAAUGGGAGUCUUUAUGUCGUCUCUCUGCAAUGGGGGUGGACAGCUGGAAAUGGCUUUCCGCAUGAGCGUUUGGGUGGUCCACGGGAUGACCUGGACGUGAGGACGUGGAACCGCUGGUUGAGGAUCGCUUCAUACCCGGAGUGCAGUGAGUUUCGGAGGAAUCAGCACUGCUUGCGAAAUUCAAUGGUUUCCACAAACGCCUCGGCCGGCCUCUGAAAAUGUGUUUUCUCGUGAUGUGUCUUUGAUGUAGUGAAGUGACGUGCUCGCGUGUACCUUGACGGAUCUGCGACGACCCCCACCAGGCGCCCACUUAUUCUUUAUGUUGAAGUUGCUGGCGAAGAAGAUGCUCGUGUGACGGUGGGCUCGUGUGUCUCGACCAUA